CUCUCUCGCUCUCGCUCUCGCUCUCUCUCUCUCUCUCUCUCUCUCUCUCUCACAUUCAUUAUUAUUUCACUUCUUGAUGUUUUCAUGGCUCCCUUAUCUCUCUGUCCAUAGCUUGUCUGAAGAAUUAUUUCCCUCACUUUUAUAAGUACUCGCCAUCCACAAUCUCCUUCCCUCCAUAACCCCUCUUCCCAGAACUAAAGCCCCAUUUCUCCCCGACUCCUCUCUGACACACACCAAAAAAAGAAAAACUCAUUAUCUCUCUCUCCAUCUGUCUUUCUCUCCCUCUCUCUUAUUAUUCUAUCUGAAUCUUGUUCCUGAGAGAUCACCACCGCCUUCCUCUUAGCUUCGCUCCUCGUCAUUUAUUUCUCACCUCUCUCUGACUCUCUCUCUCUCUCUCUCUCUCUCUCUCACUGCUCAACAAUGUCUAGCAGAAGAUCCCGCUCGAGGCAGUCUGAAGGAGGUUCAAGAAUCAGCGAUGACCAGAUCGCUGACCUCGUGUCCAAGUUACAGCGUCUCAUUCCUGAAAUCCGCAACAGGCGCUCCGACAAGGUAUCGGCUUCCAAGGUGUUGCAGGAGACUUGCAAUUACAUCAGAAGCCUGCACAGAGAAGUAGAUGAUCUCAGUGAGCGGCUGUCCGAGCUCUUGGCGGACUCCGAUAGCGAGCAAGCGGCGAUUAUUAGGAGCCUGCUCAUGUAACAAUAGUAGCUAAAUAAGCAAUGGAUACACUCCCCCUAUCAUAAUUUUCCUCUCCUGAUUCCCUACUUUCUUGUACCGUUCUUACAUUAUUCUUGAUGAUCUUCUAGUUCUAGCUAGCGCUAGGGUUUGGUCAAUAUGUAGGCCUCGGAGAAUGAGAGCUAACAUGAGCUAAUGUCUAUGUCUCUCUUCCCGAAAAAAGACCUUGUUUGUAGUAAUUUAACUUCCAUAUAUGUUAUUAAUAAGAAGGGUAUUUCUUUUGUA